UCACAACUCCAGCGGCAGGGAAACACACCCGUCAGCAGCGCGCAUUGGAGACAGAAAAAAAGCGCAUCACGGACAAAGGAAAUAUGGAUGCACUGGAGAGGAUCCACCUCAGCCGGGUAACACAAUGGAUGAGCCGCUUCUGUUUCGUUUACCCGGAGACCAAUUAGCCCACCUUAAUGAGGUGCUGGGAUGCGAGAUACUGCAAGCUAAAAAGGCGGAAGGCUGCGUUUAAUCCGUCUGCGGAUCCUAUGAGCUUGCAAUGGCUGUGGCGGGGAUAUGCAACUGGAUAGGGAAUAAUGUGCCUUUUUAUUUUGUGAUAUUUUCCUUAUUUUGUGGCCUUUCGUUUGGACAGUUACGGUAUUCUAUUACAGAGGAACUGGAAAAUGGGGCACUGGUCGGUGAUCUGGCGCACGACUUGGGGCUGGAUAUUCGAAAGCUCGCCACCCGAAAAAUCAAGGUAACCUCCAACAGCGGUAAACGCUACGUGAUUGUCAACCCUAAAAAUGGGAAAUUACUCGUCAAUGAAAGGAUCGACAGGGAGGCGCUGUGUGAUCUGUCCAGCACCUGCCUCAUUAAUCUGGAGGUGCUGGUCGAAAACCCUACUGAGGUGCACCAUGUUGAGGUGGAGAUUGUGGACGCCAAUGACAAUGCGCCACAGUUCCCCAGAGACGAGUAUCAACUGGAAGUCACUGAAUCUGCUUUACCGGGCUCUCGGUACCCGAUUGAAAACGCUCAAGAUCCAGACAUUGGGUCCAAUUCAGUCCGCAUGUAUCAGCUCAGCACAAACGACCAUUUCGCGCUGGUGUCCAACAAACCCUCCCUGAAUACAAAGCACAUCGAGCUUGUGCUCAAAAAGCCCCUUGAUCGCGAACAGACGCCUUAUCACCAAUUAAUUCUAAGUGCUGUGGACGGUGGGACACCAGAGAAAACAGGGACGGCGAAAAUCAAUGUGCGGGUCCUGGACUCAAAUGACAAUGUUCCCUUGUUUGACAGCUCAGUGUACAAGGUGAAACUGUUGGAAAACUCGCCCAAAGACACACUGGUGAUCAAACUGAAUGCCACGGAUCUAGAUGAGGGCACAAAUGCAGAGGUUUAUUACUCUUUCAGCAGUUACACUCCAGAGAGGGUGAGGCAGAUGUUCAGCAUGGACACUAACACAGGAGAGAUAAGAGUGAGGAGCAAUGUUGACUAUGAAGAGACCAACUCCUAUGAGAUGUACAUCCAGGCGAUGGAUAAGGGCCCAGGGGCCGUGGCAGCACACUGUAAGGUGGUGGUGGAGGUAGUGGAUGUGAAUGACAACGUCCCUCAGAUAGUUUUGUCGUCUCUGUCGAGUCCUGUGAGGGAGGACGCCCGUGCUGACACAGUGGUGGCCCUCAUUAGUGUUACUGACCGGGAUUCUGGCGCCAACAAGCAGGUGAGCUUAGAGAUCCCGGCAGGCCUUCCAUUCAAGAUCAAGUCAUUCAGAAACUACUACACUCUGGUUACCUCAGCCUUCCUGGACCGCGAGACCACUGAUGCCUACAAUGUCACUCUGAGUGCCACAGAUGGAGGAAAUCCUCCGCUUUCCUCCCAGAAGACCAUACAGGUGGAUGUGGCUGAUGUAAACGACAACCCACCGCGAUUUGAGCAGACUUCAUACACAGUGUAUGUGGCUGAGAACAAUGCCCCCGGGGCCUCUUUGUGUACUGUGAAAGCUCAAGAUGCAGACAUCAAAGAGAACGCACGCAUCACCUACACAGUGCUCAAUGACAAUAACCAUGGCAUCCCUGUCACCUCGUAUGUGUCUGUGAAGGCCGAUACUGGGGAGGCUUAUGCCCUGCGAGCCUUCGACUAUGAGUCACUGAGAGAGUUUCACUUCCAGGUCAAAGCCCAAGAUGGGGGUAUUCCUCCGCUCAGCCGCGUUGCCACUGUCUACAUCUACAUAAUGGAUCAGAAUGACCAUGCACCACUGAUAGUAAACCCUCCUGGCAAUGGCACGCGCUCCUUAGAGACGGUACAAAAGAACGCUGAGCCUGGUGCCAUGGUGACCAAAGUGGUGGCAUACGAUGCAGAUGCUGGUCCAAAUGCCUGGCUGGUUUAUGUGCUGGAGACGGCCACUGACCUGGACUUGUUCAAAGUGCAUGAACACACGGGUGAGAUCAGGACCACGAGGAGGAUCCUGGAAGACAACUCCACCUCCUUCGCCCUAACCGUCGUUGUGAAGGACCAUGGCCAGCCUGCUCUCUCCUCCACCGCCACCAUCAAUGUGGCUGUCAUGGAGGUGCCACCAAAGGUGGCCCCCGACCCCAAGAGGAUCAUCCGACCUCACAGCACACUGCUUUUCUCCAACGUGACCCUCUAUUUGAUCGUGGCUUUGAGCGCCACAACCUUUGUUUUCCUGGUCACUGUGGUGGUGCUCGCCAUCGUUCGCUGUCACGCCUACUGCACCCAGCCGGGGUCCUGCUCCCCUUGCUGUGUGUCACAGAAGCCCCCUCCAGAUGGCGGGAGCAGCAGCGUAAGUGCUGGCGGAGGAGGCGCUGGUGCAGCCGGGGGACAGCCUAAUAACAAUGUGGUGCUUCGGAGAGACCUUAAAGUGGAGCCUCACUACAUCGAAGUGCGUGGGAAUGGCUCCCUAACGAAGACUUACUGCUACAAGACCUGCCUGACAGCCACCUCUGGCAGUGACACUUUCAUGUUCUACAACACAGGACGGCCCAUCAGCGGCACCUGGGGCAGUGGUGCCGACCGCUUCUUCACCAGUGGGAGUGGAUUUGUACGGAGACUGAGUAUGCCUGAUGCCUCACUGCAAAUCUGCCCAGAGCCAAAAGCCCCGAAUGCUGACUGGCGAUAUUCGGCAUCUUUGAGGGCAGGGGUGCAGAGUUCUGUCCACAUGGAGGAGUCCUCAGUGAUGCAAGGAGCCCAGGGGAUGCUGGUCCAGAACUGGCCCACAGUAUCCAGUGCUGCAGAUGGAGAGGGUGGUGGAGAGCUCUCACCCCCAGUGGGUGCAGGAGUCAACAGCAACAGCUGGCACUUCAGAUACGGCGCUGGACAAGGCUACGGCCCUCCUCAGCCCCUGAAACCUGGAGAGAUCCCCCCCGAAGCCUUCAUCAUCCCCGGAUCUCCAGCCAUCAUUUCUAUCCGCCACGACUCGGGCCCUGUCGAUGACAAAGGUGACUUCAUAAGCUUUGGCAAGAAGGAGGAGGCAAAGAAGAAGAAAAAGAAGAAGAAGGACAAGAAGGACAAGAAGGAGAAAGGAAAGGAUGACGGUGAUGAAUAGAGGAGAAGGGGCCGGAUUGAAAGCAGAGCUACCGACAAACUACCAUCCCAAUUUCAGAGCCAGAAAAAUAAGCCAAAUGCAUAUUAUAGAACCAAGGGAGCCUGCUUGUACCACAUUUGCAUAGACAUUGUACAGUGGCCAAAUCCUCAUUAGACCAGGCUUGGCUCCCCACAUCAAGCGAACUAACUUGCUAUAACUUUGGCCAAUAAAAGUCUAUGGUUUAUUGUAAACAAAUGAUCUUUAUCUAAAGACUGGACCAAAUUUCAACAGAAAGGAUUUUAUUGGCUUAGAUUAGCCUUUCUGUUAUUUGCUGCCCAACAUCCCCAACCCCUCCCCCAAAGUUUGUAUAGUAAAAAUGAAAGCACCUGAAAAGGUGUACUAUUUGUAUCUGACCAUUGUCAGCUGAGGCCGCCUGUGUUGACAUCUCAGGCCCCCUUCCUUUUUGGCUUGCCGAUAGGAAGUGAAAGCCAAACUAACGGAACUAACGGAAGAAAAAAAAAGAAACAGAGGCUUUUGUUUUCAAUAUUAUGGAGGCCUUGUAGAAAUUCUGAAAAUGUGGUCUUUUGUAAAAAAAAAAGAAAAAAAAGAAAAAGUAACAACAUCCAGUAUGCGUACCAUAAGCUUAGCACCUUUGUGAGAAUGAGGUGGCUGAGAGAAGCAGGACCACACUCGAAUAUAGAGCUCUGUGUCAGUGUAACAUAGCACAUUGCAGAGGCUGAGGACCUGGACUGGGUUGCACCAACUAUGCGCAAGUUUGUUCCCAGGUUAGUUUAUGAAGUAGUGGCUUCAUAACUGCUAGUUCAUUUGCAAUUAGCAAGUUGCAAAAUUCGACUGGAGCAUGGGUGUUGAAGGGGUGGGGCUUGAGGCUGUAUCUUUUUAUAAGAUUAAGAUUUAAGAUGAGUAGCCAAUCGGUAACAGCAAUAUCAUGCUGAAGUGUGCAAACCACAUAGAUUUUCAACUAACUAGAUUGGCAUAAAAAAUUAUGAUUGGUUUCCAUAUUUGACUCCUAAAGGACAUUAGUUUUUGCAUGUUUUAGUCCACUCUCAACAAAUAAUUUUACGAUUAACAUCACUGCUAACCAAUUUCCAAAUCAUGUAUUUUUGUUGUAUUUUGCUACUUUGCAGGCAGCUAUUGAUUCUUUUACUGAAUUAUAGCACAAAAUUCUAAUAAAAUCAGCUGAGACUCAAAAUUAUUUCACACAAAAACUCAUCAAAGUGAGCACAGCAUCUGGUUUUGUUGUUGUUUAAGGUAUUUUUUUGUCAUAUGAUAAUGUGGCUCCUGCAUUAUCAUGAUAACGUGACCUCAGACAAAUAAAACAUAGACAUGACAGAUUAGCUGCUAGAUUUAAAACAAGUCUCAGCAUGUUAAUUAUUUAUAUUUUAUGGAAUCAAAUGGGAACUAGAUGUUGCCUGAAGGAAAAGAAAUCCAAGGAAAAGAGUAAGAAAUCAAGUGGAAAAUAGUUUGCAGUAUCAUGUUAUGUGUAGAAAAUGGACAAAAGCAUUCAAAAUAACUGCUAUGUCCCUUCAAGUUGGAAAACAGCAUGGGACUGCUGAAAAAAAAAUGCUGUGAGCAGGGGAAAAAAAGAAAAAAAAAUCUUGCUUUACUGUUAGUGAGUGCAGUUGUGUGGCUUUGUAUCAUUUACACCUGCUUUAUUGCUUGCUUAAUUAUUUACUUGUUACUUAAGGUUCUGUUCGAACAGAUUUUUGUGGUGGUACCGCUUGUAAUUUAGCAAAGAAUUGGGAUUAGUGGCUACCUCGGAUAUAACUAGGGAACCUACGUGCAGCUGAUGCAACCGGCCCCUCACCUUGCCUCUUCUCUUGGAAUAUGGCACAGGUCAACGGGGUCUUAAUCCCACUGUGUGUCGGCACACACAGUCUGACACACACAUUACCGUACACAAACCCUGACUCAACCGGAAUCCUACUCACACGUACAAACAAGCAAACACACAUCCUCUAUUCCACUACAUAUGAAUACAAAAACUAUAAAUAUACUAAAAGAAUACACAGCCCUUUCUGGAAACUCCAAAACCGAAGGCCGAUGCCAUCCUUAAUAUGGGAGUGUAUUAUAUGGCUGGGACGCAGGAAACGUUGCUCGUCGCUUCAUUUCUGUUCAAGCCUGAUCCCUCUACUUCUGUCUUUGAAUGUUAAGUAGUUGUUCUUCAAGCCCUGCACCACUGCCUCGACUGCUUCAGUGCUUGUAGGAUUUGCUUGCCCGCUGCCUGUUUCCUCCCUCUACUCCUGCUUCCUCGAAUCAACAUGGUUGGACGACAUCUUUAGAGUCACUCUCCUUCAAUGAACUGUGCAGUUGUAACACUGUAACAUUUGUGUAUUUUGCAUAUUUACACACACAAAACAUGCAUAGGACACACACACAAACACACAACACUCGCAUAUGCAUCUUUUGUUUGAUUCAACCGAGCUUAAGCGCUUCAGCCAGAGUGUCUCCUCUGAUUGCUCGUUGUUGACAGCUCUGUCAACCCUCGCUUGGGUUGCACGUAUUGUGUUGUGAGGACGCCUGACAGGUUAGCAGAAACUGAGAUUAUGGUGUUCUGGAUAUAAUGAGGCAAGAUGGAGUGGCAAAAACGCAGAGUCAGAAUAUAGCAGUCAUUGUAGUGUACUGUAUAGAUUCUGUGUAGCAGAAAAACAAAACUAUUUGGAAAUCAUUCCUCUUUUGCAGAGGUAUUGCAGUUAUCCCCGUGUCUGCAAUUUGUCAGAACUGAUCAGCUUGGGUUAAAAAGUAAAUGAAUCGCAGUUCGGCAACAGUUGGAAGAAGCUGUUGGUCGAAUUCAACGAGGGAAGAAGUGGGGAUGAAUCACAAUGUUAAAAUCGAUUAUGGUGCACCAGUGAGAGGUAACAAUAAGCAAAACUCAACAUUUGCACGUGGCAAGACUUUAGAAUUAUACUGUUUUGCUUUAUUGCCACACAAAAAAUCAGGAAAGCUGCUGGGAGGUGCUGUGAAAGAAGCGUCCGGGUUGAGAGGUGAUCCCAGUGUAAUUAAAAUUCGGUCCUGACAUUGUGAUUCCCAGGUCUAGCAUGGUAGAGAAAGCAAACAGUAGAUAUUGGAGCAGCAUCAACAUGAUUAAAAGUGUCAUAAAACAUCACCUCAGUGUUCCUUUUCUUCGACCAUCGUGUUACCAAUCACUGUAGAGGUAUGUAGGUGCUGCUAUCCGGCUCAAACCCUCCCAUGCACACGAUUCCUUCCCCCCCGCCCAGUUCUUCAGGUGUACUUCUGUGCUGUCAGAUCACCAAGUGGCUGUUUGCAUGUUAUAAGCAAAGGAAACAGAUAAUAUAUAGAUACUAUAUAUACAUAGAUAUGUUUUUUCCACUGGGAAAUGCGUAUUGGAAUACGUAUACCUCUGAUACACAUUCUCAAAGACAAUACACAUACAUCGAAAGACCCACACAUGAACAUACAUACAUAUAGUACAUACAGAUACGCCAUAGCAAACAGUAAUUUGUGGAAAAACCUUAAAAGAAUCACAUUUUUUUAUCCUGUUGAAAAUGAAUUUAAUCUUCUAGAUAUACAUAAUGCUAUUGUGUUAUGCUAUGAAAUGCCUUUUUUUCUGUUUCUACCCAUAUGAUUUUCAUAGAUAAGAAAAUCAAUCCUUAAACUUGUGUUAAGCGUCGAAAUGAUGAACACUAUUGUGAAAUCAUUUACUCACCCUCCAUAUCUAUUCCUUGCCCAGUAGAGAAAAAGGCAGAAAAACAAGAAAAAAAAUAAUAAAAAAUACAUAAAAUGGUCUAAAAAAAUAAAGUUGAUGUAUUCUCUGCUUGUGUAUAGUGAAUGUUCCUCAGUCGCUGGGUGUGGCAGUGAGUGACACAUUCCAGCCGACUGUUACAGUGCAGAUCUGUUAAUAACUUUUUUGUACACCUGCUCAUCAUUGUAAAGGUGAUAAUAGUGAUUCUUAUGAUUUAAUCAAUCUGGUAAUGUGUUUUGUUAAUAAGUCACAAAUAAAGUUUUUUUCUUAAAUAUCUUAAA